AUGCGAUCAUUGGCAAACUACGGCUUCCUUACCCGACGACCACCCACUCUAGCAAUCGUGCUGGUCUGUGGCUCAUUGCUGGCAUUUAGGCUAUUUCCCUUUGCCGACACCGCUCUCGAAUCGCCACCCUCAAUACCGGUACUAACGACGACACAUACCCCAGAACGUUUCCUCCUAAACGGCCCACCAACAAGACGCCUCAAAGACAACCUACGGGCAGACUUGAAGUACAUUACAACAUGGCACGGAAACGGGUUCACGAACGACAUCAUGUCGUACAUUAACCUCCUCUACCUCGCGAAAGCGACGCAACGCGUGGCUAUCAUGGACAGCUUCUUUCCGGCCCCGCAGCACGUCGGGAAGACAUUUGCCGCCGCUGCCGUUACGCCCACAAAUCUACCAUUCAAAGAUGUAUUUGACCUACCCCGGUUUACGGAGCUUUCUGGUGUUCAGGUUGUUCAAUGGGCAGACGUCAAAAACGCGAGUAGUGACGAAGCAGAGCUGGACUCGUUGGGAUGUUGGAACCUUGACCAGGCGAACGUGAAUAACAAGGGACCACAUGUCAAAAAAACUCCAGAACAACUCAAAAUUGAUAUAUCGUAUUCGAUUGCACCGUAUUGGGUCAAACAGUAUCCUGAACAGCCAGGGAACGAACACGUUCGGCUAUCUCAGCUCGUGGCGCUUUCGUUUCCGAGAACUUACCGGAAAAGCAUCCAGUCCCAGAAGCCAGUGAAAUCGUCGAUUCUGCAGCUGGAAGUUACCCCCGACGACCAUCUGAUGUGUUUCGAUUACCUCUUCACCACUUGCGAGAACUCUGCGCACGAUAUAUGGAUGGAUUACUCUUCAACUUGGAGACAGAUCGGUCAGUACCUCCAUUUCCAUCCGAAGAUCGAGCGCCUGGCCCAAGAGUAUCUCCGCAAAAUACUUGAUGUUGCUGUUGGAGAGGACAUUCCACCGUAUAUUGCCGUACAUGUCCGACACGGAGACUUCGAGGACUGGUGUAAUGGUCUUUCUCGAGAGGACUGCUUUGCGCCCCUGUCAACCUAUCGGCACCGUGUCCAGCAACUGCAGGCCAGGUUGUUGGAAGAGAAGGGCGUGUCGGUCGAACAUGUCGUUAUGACAAGCGAUGAAGUCAGCGAGGAAUGGUGGGCAGAGGUUGCAAGCUAUGGUUGGGCUCGGCCCGACCACACCACCACCAAAGACGAGCAUGGCCCGUGGUACACUGUGCUCAUCGACAACGCCAUACAAGGACUGGGACAUGGGGUUGUGGGGACCAAGUUUUCGACGGUGUCAAGCAUCGCGGCAAAGAGGGUAGAGUCGUGGAAUAACGGAUUAAGCUAUAUGGUCAAGUGGGGUAUUGUUGGAGCGGACAAUAUGGUCAUGGAAGAUGACGAGUAG